CCCCUCCCAAAUCUUUUUUUUUUUUUGAACUAGGCUUCCGUUCCCACCAAGAGUCAACGUCAAGAUGGCAGCCAAGCCUCCCGGAGAGGAGCUCGACAAGCUCACAGUGCAGGACGGUGCCGCCAACGGCAAGGCGACGGCCAAUGCCACAGCAAAUGGGCACGGCGAUGCUGCUGGUGAUGCAGAUAGCGAUGGCUCUGACGACGAACCGAACGAAGGCGCUGCUGCGGUAGAUGGCGCGGCGGCCGGGGCAGCCAAGAAGAAGAAGAAGAACAAAAAGAAGAAGAAGAAGAAGAAGGCGGCCACCACCCAGUCCGACCCGCCGCGCGUGCUCAUGUCGCAGCUGUUCCCCAACAACACGUACCCUGCCGGCGAGGAGGUCGAGUACACGGGUGACGAGAACCGCUUCCGUAUCACGAGCGAGGAAAAGCGCCACCUGGACCGGCUGAACGAUGACUUCCUGAGCGACUACCGCCAGGCCGCCGAGACGCACCGUCAGGUGCGGCAGUGGGCGCAGAAGUGGAUCCAGCCGGGCAUGGGCCUCACGGAGAUCGCCAACGGCAUCGAGGACAGCGUACGGGCGCUCGUGGGCCACCAGGGCCUGGAAGAGGGCGACGCCAUCAAGGCCGGCAUGGGCUUCCCGCUGGGCCUUAACCUGAACGACAUCGCGGCCCACUACUCGCCCAACGCGGGUAACAAGAUGGUGUUUGGGCAGGACGACGUCAUCAAGAUCGACAUUGGCGUGCACGUGGGCGGCCGUAUCGUCGACAGCGCCUUCACCAUGGCCUUUGAGCCCAAGUACGACCCGCUGCUUGAGGCGGUCAAGGCUGCGACCAACACGGGCGUGAAGGAGGCCGGCAUCGACGCCCGCCUGGGAGAAAUCGGCGGCGCCAUCCAGGAGACCAUGGAGAGCUACGAGAUCGAGCUCAACGGCACCACGUACCCGAUCAAGGCCAUCCGCAACCUGUGCGGCCACACCAUUCACCCCUACAGCAUCCACGGCGACAAGAGUGUGCCCAUCGUCAAGAGCAACGACCAGACCAAGAUGGAGGAGGGUGACGUCUUCGCCAUCGAGACCUUUGGUAGUACCGGAAACGGCUACGUGAGGGACCAGGGCGAGGUGUCGCACUACGCGCUGAUGGCGGACCCGCCCAAGGUAGACCUGAGGCUGUCGUCGGCCAAGUCGCUGCUGAGCACGAUCAAGAAGAACUUUGGCACCCUGCCUUGGUGCCGGCGGUAUCUGGAUCGCAUUGGCUGUGAGAAGUAUCUGCUGGGACUGAACAAUCUUGUCAACAAUGGCAUCGUUCAGGAUUAUCCACCGCUGGUUGAUAAGAAGGGCUCCUACACUGCCCAAUUUGAGCACACCAUCCUGCUCCGGCCUACCUGCAAGGAGGUCAUCAGCAGGGGAGAUGAUUUCUGAGUGCAUACGCUGGACUGCUGGAUUUCAAGAGCUUUGUACCAUGCCCAAUUCUUUCUUUGAGUAAAUGAUGGUAACAGUCUCAACUCAUACGAAUCGGUUGUGUGCCUCGAAAUCAGGAAUGGGUCUGCCUAGUGCUGCCUGCGGUCUCUGCUACAUACGUCGGUGAUGAUGCUCGUUCAUCCGAUUCCAUAUUACGCUGUGACUUCCAAACUGCUAUUAAUUCUUGUCUGUCAGAAAUGUCGGUACAUCCAUGCACGGUCCAAGAGAUAGCUAGCAGCUCAUGCAUCAAGUAGCAAAUCAAAUGAAAAGAAGCAAUCAUGGCAACUCCG